AUGAUUAGAGUCGACAAGCGAACAGGUCAGGCAGUUGCGAUUAAAAUAGUUGACGUCGAGAAUGCCGACGACGAUGUUGAAGAUAUCAUCCAGGAAAUUUCAAUCUUGUCGGAGCUCAAUUCCCCGUACGUGACGAAAUAUCAUGGCUCGUACCUGAAAGGAUCCUACCUGUGGAUUAUAAUGGAAUUUUGCUCCGGUGGGAGCUGUUCGGACUUGAUGCGAGCAGGCAAGAUUGAAGAAGACUAUAUUAUGAUUAUCCUACGAGAACUAUUGAUGGGACUAGACUAUCUACAUACCGACAAUAAGCUACAUAGAGAUGUUAAAGCGGCCAAUGUGUUACUUACAGCGAAUGGCCAAGUUAAACUUGCAGACUUUGGGGUUUCCGGUCAGCUUUCGGCAACCAUGACGAAGAAAAACACGUUCGUCGGCACUCCUUUCUGGAUGGCACCAGAAGUGAUCAAGCAAUCAGGCCAUGACCACAAGGCAGAUAUUUGGUCUUUGGGGAUAACGGCCAUUGAGCUGGCGGAAGGACAACCGCCGUACUCAGACAUACAUCCGAUGAAAGUUUUAUUUCUUAUUCCCAAAAAUCAGCCCCCCACCUUACAUGGAAACUUCAGCAGGCCGUUCAAAGAAUUUGUGGAGUUAUGCUUGAGACGAGACCCUAGAGAACGUCCCACUGCAAAAGAGCUGUUAAGGCAUCCGUUUAUAAAACGUGCGAAGAAAACUACUUAUCUUACAGAAUUGAUCGAGCGAUAUGAGCGGUGGCUCACUACCCACGGAAAUGAAUUAUCAGACGACGAAGAUGAUGGGUUUGCCACCCCCCAUCAACCUACACCGGAAGAGGAAGACCUUUGGGAUUUCGGCACUGUGCGCCCAGCUGGGAUGGGACGGACUGCUGGAUUGCGUGCCAUGAAUGACGCCGCGGCAAACGCCAGAGCCCAAGCAGCGGAUGAUCGCCACCAUCAAGUUAUCACUCGAGAUUUUGCUAUCUCCGAAAAUCGCCAGCACAAACCAUCCAGCCACGCUUUGGAAGCACCUCCAUCACCACAGAAAACGCCACAGAAACAAAACAUUCCUCCGCCAUUGCUGUCUACAUCACAACUGUCUCCAUCCAAAAUACCACUCCCACCGUCCCCGAAGAAAAAUGUUGGAUAUCAGGGGCCAUUCAAUACUCCAGCCCACCAUUCCAAAGCACUACCUCAUCACGAGAAGGAAAGCCCCAGUAGUAUGGACUACGAUAGGGCUUUGCAACAAGCAUUAGCGCAAGAUCUCGGAUACCUACAAUUAGGUAACGACUCCCCUCAUGGGACUCCUAUUCCACCACCCAAAUCGCUCCCGACCCCUCCGGCAAACGAGAAUGUGCCUAGAAAACCUGUCCCUCUACAUAUUCCAGAAAUUCCACCAUUCAAGGGCCAUGCGACAAGAGCACCUUCUCAAAGCGAACCUGGCCAAAAACAACUAGCCCCCCAUCCACAAUCUCUUCCCGGCCAACUUCCGCUUCCUCCUCUUCAAAACGAACGCUAUCCUGCAACAAGGCCGAACCCGAAGCCACUGGCGCCAGUCCAGGCUCACAGGCAACUCUCCGCUUCUUCAAUUCAGUCCACAGAGUCUCGGUCUCGCAAGUCCGCCGAUUCUGUCACAUCUCAAUCCACUAUCGCAUUUACGUCUCACCCCGCACCAUCCGAUAACGAGAUCACAGCUUUGAAUGGGGUCAUUCUUCCCGCUCUAGAGGCCUCCCUUCGCCGUCGAACCUGCAGGCUACACGCCUUAACUCGCAACUCCAACGGGAAACAAACCAACCCCGCGGGGUUAGAGUUGGCGCAAAAACGGCAAUAUGCACACGAGAAGCUGAAACGGUUGGUUAUAAAGGCGGCUGGGGUGUUUAAAGAGAUCGAAAAAUGGGAUGAGGAAGCGCCGGUGCCUAUGGGCGGAGACAUUAAUUCAUUUUUGGAAGGCUUCCUGGAGGAAGUACUCGUGCGGGUUGAGCCAGAGGACGGAGACGGGAGCGCCACGAAGAGGGAAGCAGGUGAUAGCCAGCGGACGACGAAAUGA